CAUUCAAUAAAAUAUUCAAUAAAAAUAACGGAACGAAAAAUAACAAAAUUUUUAUAUGCAAAGCAUAUGCUGCAAAAAUUUUCCACGUGAAUUCGGAGAAAAUUGCCUUCAAACAUACCAAGAAUUGCGAAUGCUGCUAAACUCCAAAUCGUUUCAGCGGAAUGUCGUUUCUAAAAAGACUAGCCAAAUGUGUUAUAGCAACAGUUCGGACUAAAAAUAUAGCCAACGAUAUAACAAAUACCUUCUUCGACAUUGUGCGCGGCGAAUCGAAUAAGGUGCAAGCCAAAGAGUCGAAAUGUCCGCCACAAAGAGAACCAUACCGCAAACGGAAUACGAAAGCUAUAUAUUAUCGCUCACACUGCGCGAAACCGUACCCCAUUUGUGGUGUGAAGAUGCUGUCUUUGAAAUCGUGUAAACCGCAGCGCACAUGGUCUAUAGAAGUGGAAAAGUGUUGUACCGAGCUCUGCAAGUGGGCGCAUCCGCGUUUCGACGAUCUCUACUAUAUGCCGGGCGAUAAUUUGAAUAAGAAAUAUCAACGCACAUGGGCCGAAUGUACAACGUUCCGUGUGGCGCCAAAGGCGAUAUGUUGUCACCAGCAAACUAAAUAUAAGCCGCCAAAGCGUCGCAAGCCACGACGCGCCAUUCCGGUGUGUGAUGAUAUGAAGACAUGCCGUUUAACACUGUUGUGCCGCAAUCAUCUGUCGAAACGUUGUCCAAAGCUCAUUUGGCCCGGUUGUAAGCCGGCGCGCGAACCACCAGACUGCCAUCUCAAGCGGGCAGAUUGUGGACCCAGAAAAUGCACACCUUAUCCGAGUUUCUCGGAGUGCUUGAAAGAUAAGGUGUGUGCAUUGAAGCCGGUUGAGUGUAAUUGUCAUCGAAUAGAACCGAGAUGCUGGAGUCGCUAAGUGAAGCUGAUUGGGGACGCUACAGAAGUUUCACAACUGUCACAGUUUUUGUCAACAGUGAGUUGAGUUGAAAUGCAAGUUUGAACACAAUUUUCGUCAAAUGUUCGCGUGCGGUUCGCCAAUCGCUGCUUUUUGGAAAACUAUUGAUGAUUUUUUAACGAUUUCAUCUAUGGUGUUUCCAA